AUGUUAUGCAGCCACAGUCAGACGUUAAGCAUGAAAAAGGCAGUCGAGGUGCAAGCCAAGGUCUUUUUGGGAUACUGAAGAUAGCUUCAUACACAUCGGCAAUCUUACCUGUGCAUAUCAGUGUUCAAUCAAAACUUGAGGAUCACCUGAAAUCACCCAUUGCCCCAGUGACAAGGUGCGAAAAUGCAUCUAGGUCAGCAAAACCCUGUGGUGGAUGGGUUAUCAUUAAAGGAACUGGGGGACAGUGUCCUGGUGGAGAUAGAGCUUCGAAGGAAAGGACUGCCAUUUCUCAAACAUGUGGAGUACCGUAUUAUUAGCAAGUGUUUCCAGAUCCCGGUUCAGCGCAGGUACAGUGAUUUUGAGGUCUUCCAUGGUCUGCUGCUGCAAAAGUUCAUCUACAGGAUGGUCCCGCCUCUGCCCCCCAAACGCAUCCUUAAAGGAGUUUUGAACUCAAUGUCAGACCGAGAGUUCAAUGAUAGCCGCCGCCGUGGUCUACAAAGGUUUAUGACCUUGGUGAUUAGACAUCCAGUCCUGGCAGGAGAUGAGCUGGUCAACAUCUUUCUGUCAGCAAGCAGUGCGGAGGUUCAAAAUAUGCUGCGUGAUGCAUAUAAAAAGACAGGUGAUGAGUUUCUGACCUCCCAAAUUGCCUUGCAUGGCAAGGUGUACCUACCUGAGGACAUACAGACCCAGGCUGCCGCUAAUCGAGAGGUCAUUGCAAAUAUCCACAGCAGCUUCAAUAAACUCAGAGAUGUAGCAGAGCGCAUGGCUCAGCGUUCACGGGCGAACUCAACAGAUCUGCUCAUGUUUGGCAAAGACCUGAGUGAACUGGGCUCGGACACAUCAGACCUGCCAGUGAAUGCUACAAUGAGCAAAGUAUGGAAAACACAGAGGAAGUCACUUGUAGAGCUGUCAGGAGAAUUUGGUCUUCUUGCCGACAAAGCUGCACACCAGGGCAGCAGAGAGGAGGAUGAGGUGGUGGAGAAACUGAACCUCCUCCUUGAACAGCUGCAGUCAUACAGAGACUUGUGUGAUCGUCAUGACAGUGGUGUGUUACUAGAGCAUCAGAGAGCGUUUGAAAAACGCAGCGGGCCUGUGGCUACACACUUAAAGUACCAGAACAGCAUUGAGCAACCAGAGUCUCGACUCUCACAGCAGGAGAACACAAUUAUCACCAUGGAGAUGAGGAGCUAUUUCUCCCUUUUGUGUCUGCAUCAAGAAACCCAGCUGGUCUUCACCUAUCUGCCUCUUGUGACUUCAAUACUGGGGACAUUUGUCCACUCACAAAUACAAGGACACAAAGAGAUGGGUGAUGUGUGGGGUGACCUUCAUCCAAAGCUGAAGGACCUUUUUGAAAGUGCUAAUGAAGCUUCCAUUCACUCUUCAUCUCAAACACACACCUCCAGAAGACAGAAGACCUGUGCCGUCAUUGGCCCCGCAUAACCAGGACAGCAAAUAUGAGAGAAAUUCCCAGCCUUUUCUCAAAUACCCAAGAACUCAGUGUAUUUCUUCAUGCCAUGUGUUUUCCUUCUCUUGACUGUUUAACACCUUUCUUCAUGACUUUUCCAGAUAUGUAAAUACAGAGAACAUAGUGGCCCCAAAACAUGUUUGAACAAAUAAAACAUAACUAAACAUUUCAUUAGAUACAAAAUAUAAGUGUAUGCUAACAAAUAAUGCAUUCAAAAUUAACUAAAUUUUUGUUAACAAUUUUUGCACAUACUUUUAAUCAGGAUUAUUAUACUCUACUAAAAAAGCAUAAGAU